CCCUUUUCAUAGUAUAUGAUGAUCUCAUCUCAAAUGCUGCUGCUAUAGCUACCAAUUCUCCAUUCUGAAGUGCCCAUUUCUCUGAUCUUAGUUUACCAAACCAAAAAUGGCAGCCUCUGCUUCAUCCAUGAUAUCAGCUCCUGCCUUAUCACCCACCAUCCAAAAGUCCCAAACCCAUCUCCUGAAGCCAUCCAACGUGACCUUCCAGGGUCUCAGACCCCUCACAAGGUCCAAAGUUAGCACCCUUUCCACCCCCAACAAAAGGGUCUCUCGUGGAUUUGUUGUCAAAGCAGAGCUCAACACUUCUCUGGUGAUAAGCCUCAGCACUGGUCUUUCUCUGUUCUUGGGCAGGUUUGUGUUCUUCAACUUCCAGAGGGAGAACGUGGCCAAACAAGGUUUACCUGAGCAGAAUGGACUCACACACUUUGAAGCUGGUGACACACGUGCCAAGGAGUACGUGAGUCUCCUGAAAUCCAAUGACCCUGUUGGGUUCAACAUUGUUGAUGUCUUGGCUUGGGGUUCCAUUGGUCACAUUGUUGCUUACUAUAUCUUGGCCACUGCUAGCAAUGGCUAUGACCCUUCCUUCUUUGGUUGAUUUGAUCAUGUUGUUGUUCCAUUUUGAUAGUAGUUUGUAAUGUUAUUGAUGUAUAGUUUCUCUCUGAGAUCCGACAAGUUAAGCUACUCAGGAUGCAUUUGCUACUAUGAUUAAUGGAAAUUGGAACAAUUCUGUUAA